AGUCGCCGGCGGGCGGCGCGGAGGACGCGCGGAAGGGCGACCGCAGGGUGCGGCUACUCGCGCGAGGUCUCCAGGUCUCUCCCGGAGCCGGGGUCUCCGGGCCGGCCAUCGCGGGGCGGCAGGGGGAGGCCUGCGGAGCCGGCCCGGGAAGCGCGGGCGCCCAGUGGCUGUAAGACGCCAUGGCUGCAAAAGUGGUUCCCGCGCUCUCCAAGAAGGCAAAGCAGUCCUUCAUACUGCGAGUUCCUCCGAACUCCAAGCUGGGCCAAGACCUCCUUCGGAAUGUGUCUAGUGGGCCCAAGACCAUCCACCAGCUGGUUCUGGAGCACUUCCUCACCUUCUUGCCCAAGUCAAGCCUGGUCCAGCCCAGUGAGAAAACCAAGGACCCCCUGGCUCCUGUGAAGGGCGGGAGCCCUGGCUUUCUGAACAGAGCACAACCUCAUCCCUUAGUGAGCCUUGUGCCCAGAGAAGGAAGCCACCAGAAACAGGACACAUUGUCUCCAUGUUGGAAAGCUAAGCCUGAGGAGCUGACAGUCUUCGAGGACUUGAAUGUAUUUCACUCCCAAGAAGAGUGUGUGAGCCUGGAUUCCGCACAGUGGCCUGCCUCAGAGAAGGAAGACAAUGUCGGGGAGAUGACGCUCCUGGUUAAUGACAGUAAUCUUGAGGAUGGUGAUCUUCAAAAAGAAUCUGUAGAGAAUGAAAAUCAUGGAGAACACCCAUCAGAUUGUGAUGAAAUGGUCUCUAAGAAACCUCCAAAUUAUGAUAAAGAAUUAAAUGCAUCCACUGCAAAGGAAAGAAAAAUGAGAAAUCUUUUAGUUACCAUUGAAAAUGAUGCUCCACUAGAAGAACUCUCAAAAUAUGUGGAUACCAAUGUUGUAGCACUUACCCAAAAUCGAAGAUCAAAAAGAUGGUACACUUGUCCACUGUGCGGGAAACAGUUUAACGAAAGCUCUUAUCUUGUUUCCCACCAGAGGACUCACACUGGAGAAAAACCUUAUAACUGUCGUCACUGUGGGAAAAGCUUUAAUCAUAAAACAAACCUUAACAAACACGAACGAAUCCAUACAGGAGAGAAGCCUUAUUCCUGUUCUCAUUGUGGGAAGAACUUUCGUCAGAAUUCUCAUCGGAGUCGACAUGAAGGAAUCCAUAUAAGGGAGAAGAUGUUUAAGUGUCCAGAAUGUGGGAAAACCUUCCCAGGGAAUAAAGAACUUGUACAUCAUUUACAGACUCAUGUGGCGGAAAGGCCAUACAGUUGUCGAAAGUGUGGUAAAAGAUUUGGUCGGCUGUCAAACUGUACCCGGCAUGAAAGAACUCAUUCAGUAUGUAAGAACCGAAAGCACAAGUGGACUCGGUAAAGGUCUGAUGGCCCUACCUCAGUCUGAAAUGUGUUGCACGUUCAGAAUCCCCGCUGUCUGGAAGAUGUAGACAUAUAAAAACCUGGUUAUAGCCAAAAUCAGAUAAAUACCCAGUUUGGCUCAAACCUCAGGUUUUUAGAAAAUCUACAAGGAAGAAAACAUCUUCAAGGGCUAUACCUCAACACUCACACUUUUUGGACUAAGGAUUUUUUGUGUGCAUGAACUUACAUAACUAUGUAAGUUCUAUUUCCAAAGAAUGGCUUUGAAUUUGCAACACACAGUGACUCAUGUAUUAAAAGCAUACCUAUUUACGCCUUCAUUUGGGGAUUCACACUUAAGAAAUGAUGUGGGGGUCGUGGCGGUAGCACAGCAGAUUAAUCGCACGUGGCGCAAAGCGCAAGCACGGGACACAAAGCACAAGCAUGGGAGUAAGGAUCGCAGUUCAAGCCCCCGGCUCCCCACCUGCAGGGGAGUCACUUCACAGGAGGUGAAGCAGGUCUGCAGGUGUCUGUCUGUCUCUCCCCCUCUCUGUCUUCCCCUCCUCUUUCCAUUUCUCUCUGUCCUAUCCUACAACGAACGACAUCAACAACAACAGUAACAACCACAAUAAGGGCAACAAAAGGGGGGGGGGGGGACGGCCUCCAGGAGCAGUGGAUUCCUGGUGCAGGCACCGAGCCCCAGCAAUAACCCUGGAGAAAAAAAAAGAAGAAAUAAUGUGAAGGUUCUAAUCUAGAACUGUGUUCCUCUAAAAGAACCAGACUACUGACUUGUUAAUCCAUCCGCCAUUAUCAAUUCACCUGACUCUUUUAAGAACUUAACGCCCUGUUAAAGCUUGAGUGUUGAAAAGUAUUGUUUACUUAGGAAAACUACAGCAGUUGAAUGUCGAAGACUCAUUAAAAGUGUUUACUGUUUAUACUGUA